UCAGGUUCAGCCCGGCUGGUUUCUCUCUGCCUCUACUGGCCUCGGGUGACGUUGAAUAACAAAGAUGGCAGCAGGAAGCAGCAACUACUGGGAAGAUCUGCGCAAGCAGGCUCGCCAGCUGGAGAACGAGCUGGACCUGAAACUGGUCUCCUUCAGCAAGCUGUGCACCAGUUACAGCAGCUCCAGGGAGGGGAGCCGAGACAGGAAUAGCUCUGACACCACCCCCCUCCUCAACAACUCCAGUCAAGACCGCAUGUUCGAGACCAUGGCUGUUGAGAUUGAGCAGCUCCUUGCAAAGCUCACAGGGGUAAAUGACAAAAUGGCUGAGUACACCAACACAGCGGGAGUGACAUCCCUGAACGCAGCCCUGAUGCACACACUACAGAGACACCGAGACAUCCUGCAGGAUUACACUCACGAAUUCCACAAGACCAAAGGCAACUUCCUCGCUAUCCGGGAGAGAGAGGACCUAAUGGGAUCAGUACGGAAAGAUAUCGAGUCAUAUAAAAGUGGCUCGGGAGUAAACAACAGGAGGACGGAGCUGUUUCUGAAGGAACACGAGCACCUGCGGAACUCAGAUCGACUGAUAGAUGACACAAUAAGCAUCGCCAUGGCAACAAAGGAGAACAUGACUUCCCAGCGAGGGAUUCUGAAGUCUAUACAGAGCAGAGUGAACACUCUAGCCAAUCGCUUCCCGGCAAUCAACAGCUUGAUCCAGAGGGUAAACUUGAGGAAGAGGCGGGACUCGUUAAUCUUGGGCGGAGUCAUCGGAAUCUGCACCAUUUUGCUGCUGCUGUACGCUUUCCACUGAUGGAAAGGAGAGCUGACCAACUGUGGGGCUGAGCUCCACAUCAGGGGGAGGGGCUAACAGAGGGGGUGGAGACUGGAGACACUGUUCGGGGCCAAUUGGCCAUGAUCAUUAUAACAUUGAUAUUGAAAACUUGGCCUCUUGAGGACUUCCAUAUUUCAGAUAUUUGGGGAGGUGGGGGGUUCACAUCUUAAGCAGAAUGUCUUUUUGUCUGUUUUAGAACGAGAGACUGCCCUACUGCUUACUGUGUGCUGUCAUUUAAUGGAUUUACCUGUUAAUACUGUCAUUCUGGAGCGGCUUCUUCACUGAAGAUUGGAACGUAGAUUUAAAAACAUACCAUUUGCUACAAGUUCUCCAAAAAAUGAGCAGCGCUUUAUUAAUUAUUAGACAGCUUCGAGUUUCUCUUAAAAGGGAAUUUUCGUUGCAUAGUCAUUGUGUCGACUAAACUUUUAAAACCAGUUUCUUUUUCUUCUGUCUACAAUGUCCAGUCCAAAGUGAUUGGAGGUGGUACUGGUCCUGGCUCUUAGUUUCCAAAUGGGUCUUUAUCAACCGGAUCCCAGGUUUGGACCAGGCACUCUAUGCUUAAAGCUAAAGCAGUGACAUAGCGGCAUUAAAAAACGUGCUUCUUGGUGCCACUGUGGCUUGUGGCAAUGCUGUAAUUAAGUUACCAAAAUUAGGACCACACUCCAGAGUUGUGAAGGAAUCCAGUAGCAUUGAGAUCUCCCUAUUCACAAUGGCCAGAAUUAUGUUGCUUUUUUUUUUUUUUUUCCCUAUAAUAGCUAUAAUUAAAAACUAAUUUUAAUAAAUGUAAUUUCAUGUA